UGGAAGUCUUUCAAUGGCCUUUGUCAAAUUGUUUUGCCUUUCAAUGGCCUUUAUCAAAUUGUUUUGCCUUUCAAUGGCCUUUAUCAAAUUGUUUUAAAGGAUAUCCUUCAACAUUUUUCCCCACCAGGGUGAGUAAUUUUCUCGUUUUUAUCGCAAUCAGACGACUGAUUGAAUGGGCAACUCGAGGAGCCCUUCAAUAACAUUUACUCUGUAGUCUUACAACCAAUCAAAUUGAAGCAGUUAAUAUUUUUUUUUACAAACCUACGUUGCAUUUUAUGAACGGUAUGUAAUGACCACCUUUAAGUAUUUUUUAAUGUUCACGUACAUUUUGAAAUUACUAAAGAGAUGCAGCGUCGAUGUUAUAAUGUUUAUAAGGAAGAUCUUCUUAGAUCUUCUCUGUUAUCGUGGAGAUAAGAUGCCAAAUUCCAAUCAUUUUCUCCGCCCUCUCUAAUUUAUCUCUACAAUUCUGUUCAAUCCACUUUUGAGAUGGACAGCUCAAAGAGAGAGAGCUAUUAAAAGCUCACCUGAAAACUUAAUGGAAAAAGUUGUUCUGUUUUUAACAAAUUUGUCUUGCAUCCAAAUAAUAAAUAGUAUUUUUUAGCUGGAUAUAACGAUGGCAAAUAAAUACGAUGGAGAAUUUUUUUCGACAAAAAGGGCCAAAAACAAGAAUUGCGUGCAAUUUAAAUCCGGCCUCCCGCUGAACACCCAGCAGGUGACUUUAAUUUACACAUAAGCUCAUCAGCUCUUAACAGGAAGUGGCCACAAUAACGCUUUUAAACAAAGGCUCUGCGUCGUAGACAUCAGACUCGUCCAUUCUAUGCGGAGACAGGCGCCAAACCAAAACGCUCUACACAACAGCAAGGCUACCACUCUUCUCCUAGACUUUAGCUUGAAAAAUGGAACAAGGCUCAGAUCCCAUGUAUCCAGCGUACAUGAGUAAUUCGGUUAUGAAUGGCUGUUUAUCCUAUACGGCCAUAGUGCUUAAUAUUUUAACAAUCAAUGCUCUCAGGAAAACUUCAUCUUUGCCAAAGACUCUGAAAACAUUACUGUUAAGUCUUGCUGUGUCUGAUCUUGGAGUUGGAUUAAUGGUACAGCCUCUCUAUACUGCGUUACUGGUUGAAGGUUUGCAACAAAAGCGAACAAAUUGGAUACUGGCCUUGUGCACAUUUUCUGCUGGUUUAUUUGCAAUCUCGUCGUUUCUUGGCGUCACGGCUCUCAGUGUAGACAGAUUUUUAGCUGUUCAUCUUCAUCUCAGAUAUCAGGAACUAGUAACUCACAAGCGUGUUGUGGUCGGGGUAAUAAUAUUGUGGCUGUUUGGUGCAUUGAUUGCUUUGUUAUCUUUCUGGAAUACAAUAGUGUUGUUAAUCCUUCUGACGUGUAUUUCCAGUCUGUGUGUCAUCUUUUGCACAACUGUGUAUUGUAAGAUUUAUUUCACUGUACGGCGCCUUGCAAGCCGACUGCGGCAUCGUCCACAGAGGGGACAAGAAGUACCCCAAGGCAAUAAAAUAGCGGUGAAUGCUGACAAGCUCAGAAAAUUUGCUCUCAGUACAUUUUACGUGUUUCUGGUCUUUUUAAUCUGUUAUUUGCCACAUAACUGCAUGUUGGUGGCGCGUAUCCUGAUCCCUCAACAAAAUACGUCGAUGCGCACAUUUGAUUUAUUUUCUGUAACACUGGUGUACCUUAAUUCGACCUUAAAUCCUGUCGUCUACUCAUGGAAGAUAAGACAUAUUCGUCUCGCUAUUAUGAACUCACUGCGAAAACUUGUUUUUUAUCACAACUGAAUUGAUAGUGAACCUGUAAGGUUUUUGUUUAGAAACGCACGAUCUGCACCCAAUAUUGAAAAAAGAAAAAAAGAAAAAAAAAAAACUGAAGGACAAAGUACUUUCUAAAUUAACAUAGAUUUGAUAAUGUGAGGGUGGAAAACUAGAAAAGACUAUCUUAAAGUGAACAAAAAACAGAAGUUUGAUAAAAUAAUAUUUUGAAGAUGAAGGAAGUAGAUAGCAUCUGUCGUUAGGUAACCUUAUAGAAUCAGAACGAUGUACGUUUUCGUUAAAAAGUAAUGUAUUACAUUUGUAACUUGUUUUCCGAGAAAGAUUAAAAAAAAAGCCAUACGUGAUGUAAAAAAUAAAAUAAUGGAGUAACAAGAGCUUUUCUUCGUAAUGUUUUUAAGGAAAAAAAGUAAUCGCUUGUAGAAAAAUAAUUAAAGCCAGCAAUAAUCGGAGACGUAAUAAAAGAACACCUCGUAGAUUGAAAAAUGAUUUCUUUCGGUGUUGGAUACCAUCAAUGACCACAACAUUGUGGACGUAAUGAAAUAUAUUACAUGUCGUGUAAAACCUUUUUGAUUCGUAGUACAAUUGCAUUCCUUUGUGGCAACGUUACUUAUAUGAAACUGGUUGGUAUGCG